CCGGACAUACCUUUCCCUCGUUUCGUCCUGAAGGCGGCAUACGGUCUCUUAUAUACCUCUCUUUAAUCUCACACGCGACUCGCUCACCAUGUCCGAGAAACUCGACGCCCCGACCUCGUCCGAGCCAUCCGUCAUCAACGGCGCCGGCCCCAAGGCCGUCAUCAAGAACGUCGACAUGAGCGAGGAGAUGCAGCAGGAGGCCGUCGACGUCGCGUCCGUCGCGCUCGAAAAGUACAACAUCGAAAAGGACAUCGCCGCCCAGAUCAAAAAGGAGUUCGACCGACGCCACGGCCCAACCUGGCACGUUGUCGUCGGCAAGAACUUUGGCAGCUACGUCACACAUGAGACGAAGCACUUCAUCUACUUCUACAUCGGCCAGCUCGCGAUCCUCAUCUGGAAAUCAUAAACCCUACCCGCAUACCCUCACAACCGAUAUCGCGCGCGCGCGCAGUCGCCGCUGCCUGACACCGUAUCAUUGCCAUCCUCCCUCUCGUUGGACGGCUUUCGUUUUCUUCACACGUCUGUGAUUAUUGCUCUGAUUAUCGUGCAAGUUUUGUACAUCCCCAUCUUGGUGCAUCGACUACUCAAUUUAAUUCGGCGGAAACCCC